ACCUAGGGGUCGUGCGUCCGCAGCGGAGGCGGCUACAUGAGCGCGGCGUGGGUGGUGGCUGGGCUGCGGCCCCCCAGCUCGGGGAUCCCGGGCUCCCGGUCCCGGGGCGCGUCUCGCCCGCGCCUGCCCGCGGUCCCUCCGUACCCCAGGCAGCACGGCGCGCCGGUCGGGCUCAGUGAGGCGCAGAAGCGGGCGCUGGACCUGGAGAAGAAGCUGCAGUUCCUGCAGCAGCAGCACUCGGAGACGCUGGUCAAGCUCCACGAGGAGAUCGAGCACCUGAAGCGGGAGAACAAGGAUCUCCACUACAAGCUAAUCAUGAAUCAGAAGCCACAGAAGAAAGGCAGAAUCUCCAGUUCCAGCUUUCAGUCCAACAAGUCCAUCUCGAAUACAGUGGUGUCAGCCAACUUGCAAGGCAAGGCCAGGUCCCAGCCCACCUCCUCUAAGAAGUAAGACUCGAAAGCUGACAUUCCCCAGAAGUCGGACCUGGAGGAGGAGCCCUUGGUUGCUGCCCUGCUUCACAGCAGCAGGGUGGACAAAACCCUCGGGGCACAGGGGCUGGCCAAAGACAAAGUGGAGAGCUCUAAUCCAGCAGCCACCUCGGCGGCCAGCAGCCUGCACAAGGGCAAGCAGGUGCCAGGGGUGCCCCCCUCGAUGAGGCUGCCCCCGCACCUGUGCAAGCCCACCACACUCCAGCAGUGCGAAGUGGUCAUCCACCAGCUGUGGAAUGCCAACCUCCUGCAGGCCCAAGAGCUGCAGCACCUCAAGUCCCUCCCAGAAGGGAGCCAGAGACCCAGGGCUGCCCUCGAGGAGGCCGGGCCCGGUUCUCCCAAGGACCAGGAGGCUCUGCACCCGGGGGCCACACUGCUCCCCAAGGUCGCCACCAAGGGCAUCUCUAAGAAAUGCCUGAUCCUAAGCCGGGCGCCCGUGGUGGAGUGCGCCAUCCUGCCUGCACUGAAGCAGAGCCUCAAGAGCAACUUUGCUGAGCGGCAGAGACGGCUGCAGGCGGUGCAGAGCCGGUGGCUGCACUACUCGGUGCUCUGA